GCGCCGGUGGACGCGCUGCGCGACCUCGACUGGCCGCGCCUCACCACACUCGUCCUCCACGCAGACCCUCCCACCGGCGACAUACCCCACUUGGCGGCGCUCUUCACAAACAUGCCCAACCUCCGCACGCUCGCCCUCAAGUCCCUCCCCCCGCACGGCACCAGGGUAAACAACCGCACCGACUGCCCGGACUUCUGGAGCACUCGCGCCACCGAGCGCGCGCCGCUCUGGCCCCCGGGACACUCCGGGCCCUUCCCGUGGCCGAAGCUCGAGCGGCUCGUCGUGGCGUGCCCGAACGCGCAGGACGAGGUGUACGCGCAUCUCCCGCCGACGCUGCGCGAGCUGUCGCUGCGCUACUGGAAGCGUGUGUGGUUCGCCGAAGGAGUCCACCGCGACGCGUACCACGACGCGUCGACCACGCUCGACAUCCUCCGCCGGUGCAACGUACCUAACCUGGAGCGGUUGGAGAUCGAGUACGUUGCC